UCUGUUUCUGAACCCAUACAAAACUCAAUACAUAAACUUAAAAACAUAAAAUAUGUUUGCUCAACAUGGUGCUGCAUGUGCAGUAAAUUCAUAAUAAAUAUUUGUGUUCAAUAUUUAGAUUCUGUGAGCAAUAAAAAAUAAAAUUUCAGAUAAGUAGAAAACAUUUAAAAUAAUAUUAGUCGUAGUAAUACAAAAACAACUUGUUUUGUUAGACAACCAUGUGAUAAUCAACUUGAUACCAACUAGACCAAAAGUUAGUUUGUUACAAACGUGCAGUCGGACUUAAAAACAAAUAUUAAAGGGCACUCUUUGUCCUUUCACAUUGUCCUCUUUUAUAGGCUAUUUGUCAGAGAUAUCACUUUCACCCAUAUUAUUAUUGAUUAAUUAUUUAUUCCAGACUUUAGUUAAACAUUAUUUAAAAGAGGCUGUUUUCUUUGUACAUGCAUAUCAAUUUGUGUAAAGACAGUACAAUAGUUUCGAAGGGUUGUCCAAUACAUCAAAACCAUGUUGACUGUGCUGGUUCUUUUGUGCAUUGGAGCUUUUCUUCUGUUCCUUCAGCUCAGAAUUUGGCGACUCAAAAACUUCCCCCCUGGACCCACACCUUAUCCCUUAUUUGGAAAUUUGCUACAACUGGAUCGCAGAAACCCUUUGAAGGACCUGGAUAAGUUUGCUCUGCAGUAUGGAUCAGUCUACGGUCUGUAUAUUGGUAGGCAUCCAGCAGUAGUGUUGACAGGUCACAAAGUGAUCAGAGAGGCAUUUGUCACACAGGCGGUGGAGUUUGCUGGUAGACCGAGUACUAUGUUAAUCAGUCAUUUAACACAGAACAAAGGGGUGAUCAUGGCGGAUUUUGGAAAUUCUUGGAAGGAACAUCGACGUUUUGCUCUAACCACACUGAGGAACUUCGGCCUUGGAAAGAAAAGUAUGGAGCAGAGGAUUCUGGAUGAGGUCAAAUUUAUCAUCUCUCUUCUGGAGGAAUCCGCUGGGAAGGCAAUUGACCCACAAUAUCUUUUCCACCACGCUGCUUCAAACAUCAUUUGCACUAUCAUCUUUGGGUCACGCUUUAGAUAUCAGGAUGAAUAUUUCCAAAAAUUGGUUACUGCUAUUGGCCAUUUUACUAAAGUUAUCAUCGGACCAUGGGCAAUGCUCUAUGAAAUAGCUCCAGCACUAAGGAUUUUCCCACUGCCAUUCAGGAAAAGUUUUCAAUAUUUUGAGCAGAUUACAGAACACAUUCUUAAAGUUGUUGGUGAGCACAAGAUGUCACGGGUUGCUGGGAAGCCUAGAGACUUGAUUGAUGUUUACCUGGAGGAGAUGGAGAAGAGAGCAGAUCAAUGCACAACAUUUAAUGAUUCUCAGAUGGUCACUUUGCUUCUUGACUUGUUUUUGGCUGGAACUGAGACAACCUCUAACACACUCCGCACCUUAACCCUCUAUUUGAUGACCCACACUUACAUACAGGAUCGAUGUCAGCAAGAGAUUGAUGAAGUCCUUGGGGCUCGUGAACAUGUUACAUACGAGGACAGAAACGGCAUGCCCUACGUUCAGGCAGUGAUUCAUGAGGCUCAGCGUGUUGGUGACAUAGUUCCUCUGGCUAUGUUUCACACUGCCACAACUAACACCAAACUACAGGGCUACAGCAUCCCAAAAGGGACUAUUAUCAUUCCUUAUUUGUCAUCUGCUCUCAGAGAUAAAACUCAGUGGAAGUUUCCCAAUGAAUUCAACCCUGAAAACUUCUUGAAUGAAAAAGGGGAAUUUGUGAAACCUGAUGCAUUCAUGCCUUUCUCUGUUGGAUCCCGUGCAUGCUUAGGAGAGAAUCUAGCUCGCAUGGAGCUCUUUCUCAUCCUGGUCACAAUACUGCGGCGAUUUCGUCUGAUCUGGCCAGAGGAUGCAGGAGUACCAGACUUCAAUCUUAUAUAUGGUGGGACACAGUCAGUAAAACCAUAUCGUCUGUGUGCAGAACUACGUAGACCAGAGAAUUGCAAAUCUUAAAGGAACAGUAUGUAAGAAAUUUAUAUCAAUUAAUCAUAAAGUGGCCCUGAUAUGUCACUAGACAUUAAGAAAUCAUUUUCAUUUCAAAUACUUAUAUCACUGACAACAGUGGUCCGGCCAGUACAUUGUCAUUUAAAAAGUGGAGUUGCAGCCCUCAACUGAUGUUUAUGUUGUCAUGUUGUGUAUUGGCCACCAGUUGUGUGAUUGCAGUACCAGUUUUAGCCACAAGUUUUGUGAUUGCAGUACCAGUUUUGGCCACAAUCCUACAUACUGUUCCUUUAAGUUUGUUUCUUAUACCAAAGCCCUCACUAUUAAGCAAAACAAAAAUUACAUAAAAAUUUUCUCAUAAUAAAAGAAUAUGACCUAGAUCAGAUGCCCUAGCUCUCUAAAUUGUUUUUUAAAAAUGUCAUUGUAUUGUUUGUUUUACUUGCUGUACACACAUGUUCUUUACACUUAAAUGUAAAAAUGUAUUGUACUACACUAGUCAACAUUUAAAGUGAAUCAAAACUAUAAAAGUUGUCUUAAAAUUUUGAACAAUACCCAUGUUCUUGUCUUAAGACAACUUUAAUAAACUUUUUAAAUCCACUUCAAAUGUUGACCAGUGUAUUUAGUGCCAUAUUGUUAAAAAAAUAGUUAAUUAAAAAAACCUUGCAAAUCUGAA